CCAGCACAGGGUCAUGUGAAUCCUUCCAUGCAGUUAGCCAAACUCUUCCGUUGCAACGGUUUCCACAUAACCUUUGUCAACACCGAGUUCAACCACAAACGUUUGAUUAAAUCUCUUGGAGAAGAGUUUGUGAAAGGUCUCCCAGAUUUUCAAUUCGAGACCAUACCUGAUGGUUUACCAGAAUCAGAUAAGGAUGCAACACAGGAUAUUCCAACGUUGUGUGAUUCAACUAGGAAAAACUGUUAUGGUCCAUUCAAAGAGCUUGUGAUGAAGCUCAACACUUCAUCACCAUAUCCAGUUACAUGCAUAAUUGCUGAUGGAACUUUCGGGUUUGCUGGAAGAGUGGCAAGAGAUUUAGGGAUCCUAGAGUUACAGCUAUGGACAGCUUCUGCUUGUGGCUUUGUUGGAUAUUUGCAAUUUGAGGAACUUGUCAAAAGAGGAGUUCUUCCAUUCAAAGAUAAAAUUAAAUUAGUUUUCUAUAUUGCAUCUUGUUAUAGUUUGUGCUUUUGAUGUUAAACCUGAAAUUUCUAACUUAUAAAGAGCAAUACAUUACUAGCCUCUCUACUUUUGUGGUUUC